AUCUAGGGAUUUUGUUUCUAAAGAGUAAUAUCCCAUAUCAGACAUAACCUUUAUACAGACCACUGAAACCGAAACGUCUUGACUAAAGAUUCGUGCUCGAUAAUUCAAUUACAAUGGAACAAUUUUUCAACAAAGUUGCUGAAUUGAUUAAAUUUGAUACCUGGGGUUGUUAUCCGGAAGGAUAUGAUCGUGCAAAACACGGUCCAUAUGAUCCCUCCCGAUAUUACGGGAAACCUGAUACACCAUUUAGCCAAGUAAAAAUUCGUGAUCUACCAGCAUGGUUUGCCAGACGCGAGAAAGGGCUAAAACCAUUCGCAUCGCUAAUUUCACGAGCUCACUGGCGAUGGCAAUUAAAGUAUAUGCACCCUAAAAAAGGAACAGCAGCUCCACUGUGGCAACUUAUUUUUGCUGGUAUGACAGUUGGCUAUGUCGCGAAUUACAUGCGUAUCAGGGGUCAUAGACAUUAUAAAUAUCAUUAAUAUAUUAUUAAAAACGUCUUCAGUUGAAAUAGAGUAAUACUAUAACAUAUAUUAGUUAAAAAUAAUGUCAACUUGCAAUGUUUGUAAUGCAAAAUAAAUACUGUUUAAACAUUUAA